UCAAUUCAAUGUUUUCAGAUUUUGCGCGGGAAGAAGCGAAUGGCGGAUUCAGAAGUCUUCAAAACACCAUCACGACCUUUGAAAAGGCCAUGUUUGGGUAAAGAUAAAAGACCAACCGAGACAGAGUAUUCACCGAUUACAAUCCCACCAUCACCAAUGAUGAAGAAACUUGGAUGUGGCACUGGCGUCAUUGUCUAUAAGCUAGAUCGUGGCUCGUUUUCACCCAGUUUAGGCACGACAAGAAGAUCACCUUGGGCUAUCAAGAAAGCCAAAAGGAUGCGUCAAGAAGCACUUGAAAGACUUAAACGAGAAAGUGAAAUCUUGAAAAUGCUGAAUCACCCAAAUAUUAUCAGUUACAGACAGUUUACACUGAUGGAAAAUGGUGAUGGUUGUCUUUCAAUGGAGCAAGGAGGAAUAUCUCUUGAUACACUGAUUGAAAGAUAUGGUGAAGAAGACAUGGCCUUUACAGCAAAGGAAGUUGCAAGUGUUUCACUUUUUGUGGCAAGAGCAUUGUCCUAUUUGCAUGACACACACAAGCUGCUUCAUGGGGAUGUGAAAAGUGGAAAUGUUCUUAUCACAGAUGAUUUCAAGCAUGUGAAGCUUUGUGACUUUGGUGUUGCACUUAAGAUGAAAGAGGACCUGUCUGGCCCACUGGAUCCAAGUGAGUUUUACACUGGAACACAACCCUGGUGCAGUAAAGAGGUUUUGGAAGAUGGCCCAAUCACAGAUAAAGCUGAUAUCUUUGCAUAUGGCCUUCUUAUCUGGGAAAUGCUGGCACUGGAUAUCCCUCAUGUCAAGUUAAUGACAGAUGGCGAUGAUGAAGAAAAUUCAGAUGAUCCAGACAGAUCUUUUGUAAGUGAUAGUCACAAUGAAGAUGCAUACACCGAAGCUCUAGGCACAAGACCUGCAUUGCCAAACAGAAAUUUUGACUCAGAUUACCUUCCUAUGAUUGGCCUUUUUGCAUGCUGUACCGAGGCUGAUUACAAAAAGAGACCAUGUGCAACACAGUGUGCCAAAGCAAUUGAGCCUUUAGCAAAAGAACUCAACGUGAUCAGUUGCAGUAUAGUUGAUGGUGAACUUAUAGACAAUAGCUACAAAAAGACUCUAUAAAUUGAACUUGUUUCUGAUUAUUAUUUAAAUAAUCUAAAAAUACAAACUACCUUAUAUUCAUGUAAAUAUUGUUUGAAAAUCAUCUGGCAGAGCAUCUCUAGAGCUAAAGAGUAACACAGGGCUGCAUAAGUGGGCCAGCCUUCAGGAAAGGCCCAUUGCUACAGGGGGUUUGUGGGAUGUGACACCCCAUUGAAAUAAGUAUAUUUGUGUAAACAAGGAGAUUUUUGCCAUCUAGGGAUGCUUAGUAGGCAAAUCUCCAAACUUGUUGACAAACAAAGGAUGACUCACCCACCUUGAGACUUGGAUGGCAAAUAAGACUACAGAGCCCUUAGGAAACCCCCCUUUAGAACAAUAGCUAGUGACACACCUGCUUCAGGAGCAUAUUCAUAAAAAUAAAGGAUUUCCCACAUUGAGCAAGGUAUUUCUUCAAUUUUACAUGACGUCACACCUAAGAAAUCUAUCGCUAUUCUUAGCUUGUAGUUGGUAGUUUGUUAAAAAUUAUAUCACAGAAUGAAGCAGAAAAUGUUUAUUUUGUAAAAAAUUAAUAUUCAUUUUCUCGUAUUUAAACAUUUCACAUGAAUACCAUCAUGGCUGGACGUAGUGUGUGACCAUUUCCAAGUGUUGAUUGAUUUUUUAAGCACGUUCACAUUCCUGAAAUUCCACUGCUUACAAUAUACUUAUUAAAAUUGCUUGAAAAUAGAUAAAAAUUGAUAAAAAAGAAUACAUUUAUAUAAAGAAUACUAAAAGCAACAUUCGAGUUUACCGUAAAUUAUCUUUUUAGCCCGCGGGGGCUAAUUAUUUUUCAGCACUUUAAAGGGGGGCUUAUAAGAGAAGAGGGUUAAAUU